AGCUCACACACCUCGUUGUACCACUGUUCAUCUCAACGACCACCUCAAAUACACUUGGUAGUUCACGCAGGCCGUUGACUACUGGCCCAAUACAAUGCCCAUAUUCUUCGUCUAUUGAGCCCACCAUGGCGACCUCUGCUGCAACACCUACACUGUCUCCUCCGCGCCCGUACAGGAGGUUCUUGAAUUCAGCAUUUCAUACUCGAUUUGUACAUGCCGCUCUGCUAUGCUUGCUGAUUGCUUUGAACAAUGCUUUCUGGCUUGCUUCUAAGCGCGAUCUCUUUUGGUCAUGGUUUCCAUUCGGUCCUGCUGGCCUCAAAGCCCUGCUUUUCUUCAUGUCGAGCCUGUUCGUCUUCAUGCUCCAGGUAGCCACGCUUAAAGUCGGCCGACAGACAACGACAUCUUCUUUCGCGGCCCUCAGAACAAAUGCAUUGAGCGGUACGACUUUCCAGACAGUGUUUUGGUAUGUGGCUUCGGCUUGGUGGUUUACAGAAGCCUACAUAUGGUCUUCGCCCGACCUUGGGUGGAUAACAAGAGGCAGCCAUAAUACGCCGGAUAUGUUGAACGAGAAACCGAUUUUCUUCCGUCUGUAUGCGUUGACGCUUGCAUUCGCAUACGCCGGAUCUCAUCUCUACCGUGGAAACUCGUCCCUCAUCAUUCCUGUUUCGAAGCGGCCAGCAAAGCAGAACCAAGAGGGUACAGCAUCGACUCCGCAUAUGUUUGCGCCCAUACAGACUCAGCUACAACAGAGGGCCGUUUCUGCAACUGUUCGAAGUGCAACUAUCGCGGGAAGCUGCAUUGUGGUGGCCCCGUUCUUGAACGGUAUCCUCCUCCGGAACACAUUCUGGCAACUUCAUCUCGUACUCGCAAAACCGUUCUUUAACCUUUCGCGAGCCAACGCGCACCCCAUUGGACACCCUUACCUUGGACCUCCAUAUUUGGCCAAGUGCAUGAUUGCAGGAUUUCUGCUGAUUUUGACGUGGGAAUUUACUUCUUCCUUGUUCCUGGUCUUUUUCAAUCAAGAACCCACCAAGAAAGGAUUCCCUCUUUCUGCCAAGAGUAAAGAUCCCAAUGGGACUUUACUCAAUGGGUUGAGGGCCAAAAGAGAUGUGGUUAGGACUUUUGCUUUCUGGGAGCUUGCUAUUAUCGCACAGAAAGACAAAGAACGCAGGAAGACCAUCUUCGAAGACAUUGAGCGACCGACUGGUCCGCUAUGGAGUCAAAUGUCUGAUGCUGGCCUUGCAGUUCUUCGAGACAUCGACGCCCGAAUAUUAGGACCGCCUCCCAAAGCCCAACAACCAACUACAAAUGCAACGGUAAAGGACUUGCCCCGUAUCGUACCGGAGCUACAAACACAAUCCAUUCUUCAGGCACAAUCGAAGCCAAAAAUGAGUGAAUCAUUGGUCUCAAGUCCAUUGCGCCAAAUUGGAAGCAGUCAGCAGCCAUGGCGUCCGCCCAUUGAUAAAACGACGAAAGCAAUGGAAAACAAGCUCCUCGAAUAUGCCAGACCUCCAGGUGCAGAACAAGCGCAGUCCCAAAGUCUCGUCGAGCAAUGGAUGGCCGCUUUGCGAAAGAGUCCUGUAGGAUGGUUUUUCCUUUCGACCAAUGCAGCGAGGAUUAAUGCCGCGGUCCUGGGAAGUCCAAACGGCAAUGCUGCCCUGAUUGUCGAUGCUAUCGAUUCAAUCACGCAAAUGCUGGUAGCCAGUCUUUCAGAGGAUACAUACGGCAAAGCAACGCCAACGGUGCCAGAAACUGUCAGGACCUUGACCAGGACAUUGACGAUUGUCGAAGGGUAUGUCGCAAGGAACAAGCCAGACAACAAUGCAAGCAUCGAAGAGGUUGAGAUCAUCAUCGAGAGACUAAGGUCUGGCUUGAGAGAGUUGUUGGCUGCAUUCCAGCUUUAUCUACUCGAUGUCGGUCUAGGAAUUGCCGAUUUAAACCAAGCAAAGAAAGCGGUUGAACCACCCAAAUCGGAGGAACAACAACCCAAGCCAGCAGAAAAGGCAGCUCGCAGACAGCUCUUUGCGAAAGAGUCCCGAGAGGAGGACUCUUCCAACCAGCAGCGGCGAGACGGCAGGAAAGAAAAUAGGAGGUUAGAGCCUUCUCAGCGAUCGUCGGAGAAUCUGUGGAGACAACCUUCUCGCGGCGCAAACGGAGCGCAAGAACGAAGACGAGAAAUGGAACAGGUCAUUAGCUAGAGGCUUGGAUAAAAAAGUUCUGGUCAUCU